AUGUACAACACCGCUAUUAACGUGCCUCCGGGCUACUACACCACCGCCGCCAUCAUCAACCUCGCGACGGCGCACUUCCCAGGCGUCUACAAUGCGCUCCUCGACCCCUCCUCGCUCGUCUGGGACACCACGAACAUCCCCGGGUUCUACUACGACGCGCUGUUCGUCGGGUACAUCAAGAUCGACUGGGCCCUGCACAAGGUGCUGGCCUGUAUGGCGGCAGUAGACGGCGCGGUGAGCUUCUUCACCAACAGCGGCUCGAAGCUGUCGCGCGGGGAUAGAGGCUCAAUGCAGCUCGUGGCGCCGUGGGCAUACCUUGCGGAGCCUGGCAUAGCACGCCCGCAGCUCGUCAAUUUGGUGACUAUGUUGCAGUUCUUCUUCGCCGCGAGCGGGGUUAUUGGGGGUGUGAUGGCGAAGAAGGGGUGGUUCAGGACGAUGGAGGUUGGCUGUGAAUUGGUGGGUGAGGGCAUGGGGAUACUGGGCGGUGGAGAGAUCGUGCUGAGGGAGAUUGGGGAUGGAGGGUAUGAGGGUGGUGACGAGGGAGCGGCACCUGGGAUGCAGGUGGGCAAGAGCGCACGGAUUGUGCAGCGCCUUGUGGGUAUGGCGAAGAGGGUGAAUGGGGAUUGGGCGGCGCAUGUUGAGCGGGAGUUGAAGGGUGCGUGGCCGGGGAUGAAGAAGCACUGGAGGAAGUGA